AUGAUGGUGCUCCUGCUGCUGCUGCUGCUGCUGCUGCUGCUGGUGAUGAUGAUGGUGCUGCUGCUGCUGCUGCUGCUGCUGCUGCUGCUGCUGCUGCUGCUGCUGCUGCUGCUGCUGCUGCUGCUGGUGAUGAUGAUGGUGCUGCUGCUGCUGCUGCUGCUGCUGCUGCUGCUGCUGCUGCUGCUGCUGCUGCUGCUGCUGCUGCUGCUGCUGCUUCGGCAGGUCGCGCGGCUUCCCGCCCAACUACGGCCUCAUGACAGCUUGGCCACUCCGCCCUCGUCUGCUCUCUGA